AUGGCGGGCCGUCUCCAGGACGUCGCGUUCGGAUUAUGCCGCACUGCUGUGCUCAUCGCGCGGAUCACAGACAAGGAUCCGGGAUCGCUCACGAUCUCGAUGGGCGACGCGCGCAUCUACAAGAAUCACGUUGAUGGCAUGAAGGAGCAGAUCGCGCGCACACCAUCCGACCCGCCGCGACUCACCAUCGGGAGGAAACCCAUGCUGGAUGACGUGCACACCGAAGACUUUGUUUUGACGGGCUAUUCCCUGCAGCCGACCAUAAAAUUCAGGAUGGCCAUCUGA